AUGGAAUCCGAGAUUAACUAUUUUAGACAGGAGAACACCAGACUUAUGGCCCAAAUUACUGGGCUUGAGGUUGAGAAUGCCAAUGUUAAGGUCAAACAUGAUGAGGCUAUGAACGAAAUUAUUUGCUUCCUCGGCAAAGAACUCAGGAUCGAUAUGCGUAUUGCUUGUCAUCAUGAUUCUUAA